UUUCGGUCAACAGACACCUGUGAGCAUUACUUCCUUUGAUUCCUAUCCACUUGCGUUGUUGUUUGACAACAACGCUAAAGAUAUUCGAAUUAUCGUUAGUGUGGAUCGUUGUCUUCAACAACAACCUUUACUUUGGACGCGUUGAACAGAUGUAACGAGAAGGUGUUAUCCUAUGUUCAGCGAAACCAGUGGAUAUAAACGCACGCACAAAAAAAGGUGAAGAUUAUUCGGGCGUCGUUGGACAGCAUUGGGUGUGUCAUAAUGAAGACUGUUUAUAUAAUUUGUGCGUUUGCCUUUCUACAAACAGUGAAGGGUCAACGUACACCAACAAUAUCUUACAUUUCCCAAGAACAAAUUAAAGAUAUUGGAGAGACUGUGGAGUUUAGAUGUUCGGUCCAAUAUGCACAGGAAUAUCCAGUUAUAUGGACAAAAAUUAAUAAAGAUAUCGCUAAUGAACAAAUGCCACUUUCACAUGGCAGUUCUUUAAUUAUAAGAGACACCAGAUUUGCCCUUAGGUAUGAUGAAGCUACAUCUACCUUUGUAUUACAGGUGAAAGACAUACAAGAAACUGAUGCAGGAUUUUAUCAAUGUAAAGUUUUGAUAUCAUUAAAUAAUUAUGUAACUGCAAACGUUGAACUGCAAGUCCGUAGACCACCUGUCAUCAGUGAUAAUUCAACCAGAUCUCUUGUUGUCAGCGAAGGACAACCGGUGCAACUUGAUUGUUAUGCUGGUGGCUUUCCUGCGCCAAGAAUUUCAUGGCGUAGGGAAAAUAAUGCCAUUUUACCAACUGGUGGAUCAAUUUAUCGCGGUAUCACAUUGAAAAUCCCUGCAAUUCGUAAAGAAGACCGCGGAACAUAUUAUUGUGUUGCCGAAAAUGGUGUAGGUCGCGGAGGUAGACGUAAUAUUAAUGUUGAAGUUGAAUUUGCGCCUGUGAUCACAGCACCUAGACCACGUCUUGGUCAAGCCUUACAGUAUGAUAUGGAUUUAGAAUGUCACGUAGAGGCCUAUCCUCCACCAGCUAUUGUCUGGUUGAAGGAUGAUGUUCAGUUGUCUAAUAAUCAGCAUUAUAGCAUAUCACAUUUUGCAACUGCUGACCAAUAUACCGAUACAACGAUUAGAGUGAUAACAAUUGAAAAGAGACAAUUCGGAGAGUAUGUGUGCAGAGCUGCUAAUAAGUUAGGAACUGCAGAAACGAAGGUCGAAUUAUUUGAAACAACUGUCCCUGUGUGUCCACCAGCUUGUGGUCAAGCCCGUUAUGGGGCUGGAGUAGUACCAUUCUCUUCAGGACCUUUGAUAGUCUUAGUUUUAUUGCUUACAGUUAUGAGAAAUCUCCACGCCAAAUAUUAACUACCCGGGACUUCGGUGGGCAGCAGCAAGUCGAUGCGGCUUGUCCAAAUGGCUGCUGAUAGCGCUGUGGUUCAUCAUUCUCAAUAGAUAUUAGAAAACAUCAACGAUAACUUUAGGGGCCUGAUUUGUUUUUAACACUUUUUAGAUGAUUAUUUUUGUAGUUAUUUACAACCAAAAUUGACUUAAUACUAGCGUAUAUUAUAUGAAACUUAUUAGGGGCCAGCCAUAUAAGAGUUGUUGGCAAGGUACAAACUAACAUUCCAGAUGAAAUAAAUAGUGAGGCAUAGUGAAGAAGAAAAAAAGUAAUAUUAUUGCGUAUCAAUAGUUCGAUAUAUAUAUAUAUAUAAGUAUAUUAUAUAGUUCUUUUUAUAUAUCAGUACAACUGAUAGACGCGAAGGAAGUGAUUGAUAAUAAUGUUAACGAGUGUAUCAAUGCAACCUUCCAGAUAGCACUGGUAGGAGCUCAAAAGUGCAGCAAUACAAUUUUAAAGACUUAAAUACUUGUUAAUGCUCUAUUGAAAAGGAAAAAAAAUAAUACACGAAGUAGUAAUACUCUCUAGCUGCCUUGUUAUGUAAAGUUCGGCAAACAAGAAAAAAAAAGAAAUUAAAUAUACACGUUAGUACCUUGAUCGUGUUGAUAUGCAAAGCAUGUAAUUCGUUUUUUUAGAACUAGACCAACGGUUGUAUAUUGUAGACGAAAUUAUUUAUACAAUUGCGACUAGGAUAUUUUAUACGUGUGUUACUAUGCGCAUAGACUGCAUACUCAUAACAGGGAUCAUUUUUCUUCUUAUCUCAUUCAGACGAAUACGCGAAUAUCGUAACGAGGGGCAGAAGCAUAGAAUCUCAUUAAGUAAGAUUUUUUAUGACCUUUUUACGAGUUUGCAAUUUUAUAUUUACUUCUAGGCUAAUAUGGAUUUUAAUAAAUGCGAAUUGC